GAUAUGGACACAGAGGAGGGCAGUGAACUGCCAUCUUCCAAACUUGGAACCAAAGAGCAGUGAGUGUGAACCUGUGCAGCAGUAUAAUAGUGCUCACUAAUUCCCAUUGGUAAACGAACCGUUUUACAGCUGGGACGCCACUUAUGCAGAAGAGCUGAAAAACUUCCACGAAAAUGGAGACUCGGGAGAAAUAUGGUUCUCGCUGUCUUGUCAGCACAGACUGGUCGACUGGCUAAAGAAAAACGUCUCCUCCAAAGAGACGAAAAUCCUGGACAUUGGCUGCGGCAACGGUGCUCUCCUAAUGGAACUCGCGGAGGAUGGUUUCGAGGAGCUGACUGGUAUCGACUACUCCCCGGCAGCCAUUGAGCUGGCGAAACAAGUGGCUGACACAGAUCUCCACUCACACAACAUUCAGUUUCUGGUAGUGGAUGUCCUGCAUGUAGAUGACUCUCUCCUCCACCAAACUAACUUCGACGUAAUUCUCGACAAAGGGACUUACGACGCAAUUAGUCUAGACCCUUUGGGAGCUGAGGAGAAGAGGUCAAGGUACAUACGGAGUGUGAGCGCACUCCUCGCUAAUGGCGGGAUAUUCCUCAUCACCAGCUGCAACUGGACCCGAGAAGAGCUAACAAAGCACUUUGAUCAGAUGCUGUCCCCCGAGGCAGUCAUCCCUGCACCAACCCUCCAGUUUGGCGGGAAAACCGGACAGACUGUGACAUCACUCGUCCUCCAGAAACAUUCCUGACAUCGUACAAUUAUACACCCAAGUUCUCCGAUCAUAUUAAUAAUUAUCAUCUCUAUUUGUAUCAUUUUUCGAAAGAAUGAAGCAUAUGAAACUUGUGAGGGAGAAAAAUUAUUAGCC